AUGUAUUUAAAUUUAAUGAAAAAAAAUGCAAAACAUUCAGAAAUAAGAAAAAAAAGAAAAAAGAAAGACAAUAAUGAAACAUCAAAUAAUUUUCAAAAAAAGAAAAUAAAGAAAGAGGAAAAUGAAAUAAUCAAUGAAGAUUUGCAUAGUAUUGCAACUACUGUGAAAAAUAAUAUUAUUAAAAAUAAUGAUAUAUUUUGUGAAGUUAUCAAACAAUCAGAAGAUUUAAAUCAUAUAGAAUCUAUAAAAAAUACAAAUAAUCUAAUUACCAUUGCAUCACUAUUAGAUUGUGAUAAAAUUAAUAUUGAAAAUGAUAUAAUUUUAAAAGAAAUUCCAAAUAAUGCAAAAAUAAUUAUUUCUCAUUUGUUCUUUACGGAAAUGCCAGAAGAUUUUUUUCAGCUUUAUGAAUUCUGUAAAAAUAUUUGUGAAAAUGAUCCUUUAAAUGCAUUAAAUUAUUUUCAUUUACAACUGGUAGGACCUUAUGAUAUAUUUAGAAAAGGAUUCAUGAAUGCUAAAGUUGAAAAUAAAGAAGUAUUGUUAAAGCAUUGGAGAUAUUAUUAUGAUCCACCAGAAUUUCAAACAAUUAUCAAAGAUAAUAAUAAAGAUGGUUUGCAUUUUGGAUAUUGGCGAGAUGAUAUUUCAGAACAUCCUGUAUUUGUAGCAAAAAAUAAAGCAGCUAUAAAUUGUAUAAUUGAGCCUGUUGCAGAAAAUAUAUUUGGUACAUUAGAUGUUUAUUUUGAAGAGAAAUUGAAAUUAGCCACUCCAUUUGAAAAGAUACGUAUAACUAUGUUGCAUCAAAAGCUUAAAAGUUUUGCAAAAGAAAAGAAAAUAACUUUAGAAAAAAAAACAGCAAAUAUGCAAGACAGAGAAAAGAAGAUUGUUACAAGAACCUUUCAUAAAGCUGGCAUUGUAGUGCCUUAUAAUAAAAAAACUCAAUUAGGAUAUAGAGAUUUGGCUAUAACUGACAAUGAAUUACAAAAACUUUUAAAAGAAAUAGAAUAUGCUUCAAUACCUGAAGUUAGAAAAAAAUCAAUGUCAAAAUUAGAAGAAAUAAUACGAUUGGCAACAAUUGCAGCUGAUGAAUGUGAUUUUGGCACAGUUUUGGAAUUAGGCCACGAUUUAUUUUCUAGUGGUAUUUCUUUUGUUCAAAGUAAAGCAUUGAAUUUAAUGUCUCUUGCUUAUAAUCUUUUACAAAGACCUCAAUUUUUUAAAAUUGCUGAAGUUCAUUUAAAAAAAUAGAAGUAAAAGUUUUGAUUUAAACGUUAUUGAAUAUGAUUAAUUAUAACAAAAUUAAUGUGAAAAAAUUGAAUAAAAUUGAAAAUUAAUAAAAAA